CGGUCGGGUCCAUGCGCCCGGGCGAGGCGGGGCCGCGCUGUCAGGCCGCCCCUGGGCCCUCCGCGCGGCCGCGAGCAGGCCGGGCCUUGAGGGUAGCGGCCCGCGGCCCACAGAGAAGCGUCCACUGGGCUGGAAGCAGGAGGCUGAGUCCAGGACGCGGGGCGGGCCUGGGGGCCUGCGGCAGGCGGGGAGGGUCUGCAGCGCGUAGCUGGGCCCCUAGGACCGCGGUGUCGGCAGGGCCAGGCGUUUGCGAAGGCACAGCAUUCUGCAGAGGGAAGGGACACAGGCAGCAGGUGCUCAGGAACAGCCCAUGGAAGAAUUAUAUGAAGAGGUGGUGAUUAAGAUUAUAGAGCAGGAGUGGACAUGUUUGGAUUUCCAACAGCUACCCUGCUGGACUGUCAUGGAAGAUAUGCCCAGAAUGUAGCAUUUUUCAAUGUGAUGACAGAAGCUCACCACAAAUAUGAUCACUCUGAGGCCACAGGAUCCUCAAGCUGGGAUUUCCAGAAUUCUUUCAGAAGAGAGAAACUGGAACAAAAAUCCCCAGAUUCUAAGACACUACCGGAAGAUUCACCUGGAGUGAGACAGAAGGUCUAUGACUGCCAAGAAUGUGGAAAGUCCUUCAGGCAAAAAGGUAGUCUAACAUUACAUGAGAGAAUUCAUACUGGUCAGAAGCCAUUUGAGUGUACCCAUUGUGGAAAAAGCUUCAGGGCCAAAGGCAAUCUUGUUACACAUCAGCGAAUACACACGGGAGAGAAGCCUUAUCAGUGCAAGGAGUGUGGGAAAAGCUUUAGUCAGCGUGGUAGUCUGGCCGUCCAUGAGAGACUCCACACUGGACAGAAACCCUAUGAGUGUGCCAUUUGUCAAAGAAGCUUCAGGAAUCAAAGUAACCUUGCUGUUCACCGAAGAGUUCACAGUGGUGAGAAGCCCUAUAGAUGUGAUCAGUGUGGAAAAGCUUUCAGUCAGAAAGGAAGCUUAAUUGUUCACAUUAGAGUCCACACAGGUCUAAAACCCUAUGCCUGUACCCAGUGCAGGAAGAGUUUCCACACCAGGGGGAAUUGUAUUCUGCAUGGCAAAAUCCACACAGGAGAGACACCCUAUCUGUGUGGUCAAUGUGGAAAAAGCUUCACUCAGAGAGGAAGUCUGGCUGUGCACCAGAGAAGCUGCUCACAAAGGCUCACCCUUUGAUCAUUCUAUUCAAAGGAAGUUUUAUUUCUGAAUUAAGGGUACAAAACCCUCUGUUAUUGAGCUGCAUAUCCAGUUCUAUGGAAUGAAUGGAGAAUAUUCUAGGAAGACCAGUAGGGCAAACAAACUUUUUUCCUUAUUCUCAGAUGAGUAUGAAAAAUAAAU